CUCGGCUCUCUCCUUCUCCCCCUCAGUCCCUCGCCUCCUCCUGCCUCUGACAGGAUGAUGGUACGGAGCACAGAGCGUCCUGUACACGGACCACAGUCGUCACCGGUCGGCUCGCUGCGGGAAUUUUGAACUCAUCAUGCAGCGUUACUCCAGGUUCCUCCUCCUGCUCCUGUGUUUGAUCCUGAUCGGGGAGUGCAGGAAACACAAAAGCAGGAAAAAGCGCUGGUCGUCGGCGGAGACUCACAAGCUGGGCAAUCCUCUGUCAAAGAAGAUUGUGGAUGGAACUAAAACCCGAAAGGUGAAGACCAGCCACCUUCUGCGCAUAGACGACCACGACUUCACUAUGAGGCCCGCCUUCGCAGGUCCUGCUGUCCCUGUUGGAGUGGAUGUUCAGGUGGAGAGCUUGGACAGCAUAUCAGAGGUCGACAUGGACUUCACCAUGACCCUGUAUCUGAGGCACUACUGGAAGGAUGAGAGGCUGGCCUUCCCCAGCUCCACCAACAAGAGCAUGACCUUUGACGGGCGGCUGGUGAAAAAAAUCUGGGUACCGGACGUGUUCUUUGUCCACUCAAAGAGGUCCUUCAUCCACGACACCACCACUGACAACAUCAUGCUGCGAGUUUACCCCGACGGUCACGUCCUGUACAGCCUGAGGGUUACAGUUACUGCUGCGUGCAACAUGGAUUUCAGUCGUUUCCCUUUGGACUCGCAGACGUGCACACUGGAGCUGGAGAGCUAUGCGUACACAGACGAGGACCUGAUGCUGUACUGGAAAAGCGGUGAUGAGUCUCUGAGCACUGAUGAAAGGAUUUCUCUGUCACAGUUCCUCAUCCAGAAGUUUCACACUACCUCCAGACUGGCUUUCUACAGCAGCACAGGUUGGUACAACCGUCUGUACAUCAACUUCACUCUGCGGCGUCACAUCUUCUUUUUCCUGCUGCAGACCUACUUCCCUGCUACUCUGAUGGUCAUGUUGUCCUGGGUGUCUUUCUGGAUUGAUCGCAGGGCCGUCCCUGCCAGAGUCUCAUUAGGUAUAACCACAGUGCUCACCAUGUCCACCAUCAUCACUGGAGUCAAUGCCUCCAUGCCCAGGGUCUCCUACAUCAAAGCUGUGGACAUUUACCUCUGGGUCAGUUUUGUCUUUGUCUUCCUGUCUGUGCUCGAAUAUGCUGCUGUCAACUACCUGACGACAGUGAGGGAUGGUAAAGACCGGAAGCUCAGAGAAAAAGCCAGGGAACAGUCCCAUACCCUCCCCUGCACCUGCGGCAUGUCCCAUGCUAGGACCAUGAUGUUGGAUGGGACGUACAGUGAGGCAGACACCAACAGUUUGGCAGGUUACACCAGAGCCUCCAUGACAGCUGAGGACACGUCAGAAAAACAGGAGCGAAUGGUGGUGCAUCUCUCCCUGGACAACGAGUCCACAGGGACCAAGAAAAAGGGCAUCCGCGGCUUCAGGAUUAUCCAGAACACCCAUGCCAUCGACACCUACUCUCGCAUGAUCUUCCCUGGUGCCUACAUCCUGUUUAACCUGAUCUACUGGUGUGUGUACUGUUGAGUGUGUGCAUUUGAACCUAAACUGUUGCAGAGAAAGAAAAAAACUGUGACAUCAUUUCAUUGACAUUGGAGGAGGGAUAGCUGUUCCCAUGCUGCAUGUUCAGGUGCGGCAACUCUGGUUCACAUAUCAGCACAGGACUGGACCACUUAUACAGCUCCUUCUCCUUCACAUAACUGUAUCAUAGUCUAACAACCUAGACGGGCUGGUUACACAGGUUUUUCUCUUAUAGUCUAAUGCCAGUUGUACAAAAUUAAAACCUGACUCAUUUUAAGCCUAAAACGUUAGCCACCAUUCCCCAAGUCUGUUGUGACAAUGCUAUCACUGUUGACCCACAUUCAUUUGGUUUCUGGUAACACAUCCUAUGGCCGUCUGAUUUUUUAAUCUUCAUUUGUUUUUGUUUUGGUCGCCACCAACAAGAUACUUUAGUUGGUUCUUUAGGAUGUACAGUGGUUUUAUCAGAGGUUUUUGCUGAUGAAAACAAACAAACAAGGCUGAUGGUUGUUGUUAGAGUGUGCAAAAUUAAAACAAUGAAUUAAAAGAGGCUACAAAGCUCUGUAGUGAAAAAGGAACAACAUCUUUUACAUUGCACAUAGUCAUGUGAUCCGUGGUUAUUAUAGAAAAUAUUGACUGGCAAAGUGUGAACAGUUGAACCUAAGCCAUAGUCAAACUGUGUGCAACCAGCCCCAGCCUAGACUUCCCUAAAUAAUACUGCCUACUCUCAAGCUCUCUCUUUUCAUCAUCAAGCCGUCAAAAUAAUAAGAGCAUAUAAUUUGGUUGCUGUUGCCUCUGUAACCUUUGGAACUGACUGAGUCACAUAACUGAAUGUGUCCAGAGCAGAUGGCUAAUGAGGCAGUAAGUGAGCUAAAUACCAGGCUUUCCUCUUUCUUAUCAACUCUCUACUGCAGUUCAUGUGUAAUACAGGGAAGCACUGCUGCUUCCCUCUAUCACACACUGACUACUGUUGACAUUCACCAGACUAAAGCAGCCUAUUAAAGCCAGGACUUAACAGGAUGCUACUGUAUACUACUGUAUGGGCUUUAAGCCUCAUAUAAAGUGGGGGAAAUAAGUAUUCAACCCACCAGCAUUUUUCUCAUUAAACAUAUUUCCAAUGCAGCUAUUCAACUGGAAAUUUAGACCAGAUAUUGGCAUUAACUCAAUAAGACUAGCCAGGUAAAGAAAUCAUAACACUCCAAUCCAUAAAAAAGUUAUGUGCAAUUAAGUUGAAUGACAAAGGAAAAAAGUUUAAAAAGUAUGAAAACGCAAGAAAACAGCUGAUUCCACUGAUUAGUUCUCCUACCUGUGCUGAUCAGAAUCAGUUAGGUUGGUGCGUGCUGGAAGGUUAGUGCCAGUAGUUUCCAAGCUGUCACGCAAGAAACAUCUCAUAAUGGGUAGAGGCAAAGAGCUUUCCCAAGACCUUCGCAACAAGACUGGUUGGGCAAUGGCACUGGUUACAAACAGAUUUGUAAACUCCUAAAUGUUCCAAUAAGCACCAUUUGGGCCACUGUCCGCUAGUGGAAGGAACAUCACUCCACCAUCAACCGACCACAUACCACAUACGGGCAGUCAGAAAUUUAGUCAGAAGAGUACAAGUACAAGUACCACAGGAAAAGAGCUCCAGAAAGACUUGGAAGCAGCAGGUUUAGUUGUCACAAUAGGUAAUGCACUCCACCACCACGGUCUCAGUGCAUGAUCACCAGGAUUCCAGAUUGAAAGAGGAAAAGAAAAGAAAGAGGAAUUGGCCAAAAUCCUACCUGGACUAGCUGUCUUGAAGCUAACAGUGCAAACAAAAGCUUCUCCACCAAGUAUUAAAUAAUUUUCAGAUAGUGUGUUCAAUACUAUUUUCUUUUAUCACUCCACAUUAUUGCACAUAACUUUUUUAUAGAUUGGAAUGUUGCAAUUUCUUUAACUGUGUAGUUUUAUUGAAUUAAUACUAAAAGUCUGGUCUAAAGGUCAUGUGAAUAGCUGCAUUGGAAAUAUAUUUAAUGAAAAGAAUGCUGGUGUGUUGAAUACCCCCACUGUAUCACUGUUGCUGAGGAAAGUGUUUAUGUGUUUUUGGGGGGCUUCUUCAUUCACUGAGUUUAUGUUAUUUAAUAUUUAUUUACUUAUUUAUUUUUAGUGCAGCAAUAGAUCCAUGUGCCAUUAUACCUUAAGUUGGCAAAGAUGCACGAAACAGGGCUUGUACAAAACUGCUUGAUGCAUGCUGUGAGACGUGCAAUACUGUAUCUUUCUAGUUUUAUAUUUCUUAGACAGGACUUUAAAACAUGGGAAGCUUUACCAGUGACGUAACCAACUUGAACCGCCUUAAGUGAACAUUUUUUUAUACACCAACAUAAUUUAAAGGCUGUGUUUUUGGUUUGCUUUUUUUGUUUGAGUAUGAGUGACUGCAUAGUUCUGUUGAGGUUUUCUAAGCAGUGUUCAGCAUUUUAUUUAAUUAUGUGGGUAAAUAGUAAACCAGAAGCUUUAGGCUAACCACACUGUGAUGGGUGUGAUUUCACCCAUCACAAGUGCUGCAGUUUCAUUCCACAAUACUGGUUGUGAGUCAUAAUGAGUCAAAAGCAGAUUCGACAAAUUAUUUGAAAAAGAUCCACUUUAUAAAGUAAUAUUUUUACAUUUUGAGAAAUUUACUUAUUCACUUUUUUGCCAAGCAUCAAGGCCCAUUUAUAGCCUACAGCCUACAGGACUAACAUCACCACCACCAUCACCACCACCACCCCACCCCCACACAAGUCCUUAAAGUAGAUUAAGAGAAUCCAAUCAAAAUGUCUCAAAAUGAGACUAAAAUAUUAUGCUUGAUCAUUUAUUUAUUGAGGAAAAUGAUCCAAUAUUACAUAUCUAUCAGUGGCAAAAGUAUGUGGACUUCUAGGAUUAGCAGAUAAUUUCGAAGGUGCAAAUAGAGCCAGGUGUUUUCCAUCAAUUUGGUAACAAUCAGGUGUGACUGGGUGCCCUCAGGAAAAGAGUUGUUGACACUCAUCAGGCUGGAAAAGGUUACAAAACCAUCUGUUAAGAGUUUGGACUCCACCAAUCCACAGUUCGAUUAUGUGCAAAUGGAGGAAGUUCAAGACCAUUGUUAGCCUCCCCAGGAGUGGUUGACCAACAAAGAUCAUGACAAGGGCAAUGUGUUUAAUAGUUGAUGAGGGUAAUUUCUUAGCAGUUACUGGAAACGUUUAGUUGCAGUUAUUGCUGCACAAGGGGGUCACACCAGAUACUGAAAGCAAAGGUUCACAUACUUAUGCCACUGACAGAUAUGUAAUAUUGGAUCAUUUUCUUCAAAAAAUAAAUGAUCGCCCUCAAAGAAAAGGUGCAUUUCACAAAAUGUAAAACUGCUGUUUUAAAACCAAGGUUUCAGCCUGAUUCAUAAUGUAUUCAGCAACCACUAUUGUGCUUUAGCUUCAUGGCAGCAAUAAAUUGCCAAGACUAAAUGUGAUUUUUAUGUGAUUUUUUUUUUUGUUUGUUUUUUGUUUGUUGUUUUUUUUUUAAUGGUGCAUAUCAUUUUGGAAUAGAACUCUAAACAGUAAGUCAGGUGAUCUCUCAGUGCAAAAAAAUAAAACAAGAAAGACAAGCAGUCUUGCAGAUCUGUCAGCCUCCAAAUCAACAUCACUUCUACCUUCAUCUACAGAAAUAUUUAGAAUGUAACGCUCGCAGAGCAAAUUUCAUAAAUAAAGUCUU